AGUUCAUGACCAAAAAAGCUAUAUUUAUAUAUGUGAUGUCUGCCAGUCUUUCUCUAUGGAAUCAUAAUUAAGUGUGAAUUUAUAGGUAAGCGUAAUAAAGUGUUUUAAGUGUUUCCCAGCGAGAUAUAUUCAGUUGCUGGCCACUGCAAGGCCAUUGGCCCAACAGUCUCCGCUGCUGCCCCUGGGCGUUAAUACCUUUGACCUGCUGAUCCAGCUGGCGAGGGGGGGCGUACACCCCUAACUACAGCCUGCAGUCACCCUCCUCACUUGUGCCUUCCUGAAGAAGGCAGGGCAGCCACCAAGCCUGCGGUUGGCUCACAGGAAGCCCCCAGAGCAUAAAAGUGAUGAUGCAGGGGCAUCAUUGCAGCCCUAGAGAGGAAGAGGAACAUGGCUGAAGACUUGGUUAAAAGAUUAGUCAAAUAUAGUGUUGAAACAGAUCUUUAAAGUGUUCACAGCAAUUCGGCUUUCAUUUGUAAACAAAGAGCAGACAGCUAGGAAGAUGACACCAGCAGCGGCAGGCGGCGACAGGCGGUGUGACAUCGGAGGUGUGACAUGUGCUGCGUGUCACGCAACCAAACUCAAGUGGAACAUGCACUGUUACAUGUACCAGAUUAUCGGACACGCCUAACAAGUGUGGCGCCAUUCGUAAAGCAACAAAACUGCUUGUCUUGAAAGAAAGUCCAGUGACAGAGACAACCUUGGCCAGUGUUGUGUUCGCUUCCUGACAGGGCGGGGAUUGUGACCAGGAAUUUGUCCAGCUUCCUCUUUGCCUUGGAAAGUGCAUUCCUGGCUGAGUGUGGUGCGUGUGCCUGCUUCUUGUGUGGUGGUGCUGCUGCUGCGUGAAGCCUCUGCCGUGGGAACCCACCACAAAUAGCUAAUGGAUUCUGUAUGACGGGAUCAGCAGCAGACAGAAUUCCAGUGAUGUAUUAACAUGCCUAGGGACAGCCUUGGGGGCAUCCAUUACUGGCAGAAGCCCGAGUGUGCUGAGUGAUGGGGCGGCAUGACCUUGCACAUCAGAGGGUCAGGCAGUGCAGUGCAGACUCCAAGGCUCCCCGAGUGUACAGCAUUGUUGUGUGUGUGGAUGGGGUGUGUGUGCCAGACUCCUCACACUCUGUAUUGUAUCGCUGGGCAAGGUCACCUACUAUUGAGACAGUAGCUCUUCUUUGGUCAUUGCCAGGCUCUCUUUUGGAUCUUCAUGGCAGUUUCCACAACAGCAAACACUGCAAGCUUGACCACACUGAUCUUGUCUCCAGUGAAGCUAAGAGUGGGAAUGUUUUUACCAAGGCCUUUGUUGGAGGCGUCCCCUGUGAUAUAGUGGAUGACAACCUGGAGCUCUGUGACACACUGACAAGGGAGAAGGUUACUUGUCGCUCCAAGGCUAAGCUGGUCGGCCCCAUGAAUGUCACUGUCUGCGUUACCGGAAGAGGCGCGUCUGAAGUGACCAAGAUAGGAAGGUACUUGGACUCCCAGGACAGGCUGUACCAGUUCCUCACAUAUGCUGUUGUAUGGAGGUGUGUCUUACCUCAAGGAAUAAUGGCAUCAUACUAAGAAGCGCAGUGAAUCCUGCAGUUGUCACCAGGUUUGGUUUACAACCAACUGCAAGUUUGUUUUGGUACAUGAAAUGUAAGAGUCAUCACCUAAUUUCUUCCUGACUGGUGUUAUUUUAUGUGAAUUACUAGCCAUCACUAGCAGACCUCUUGGGUGGUUUCCAAGACCCCAGCUUGGCCUUCAAGACACUUAACCAUACCAGGGUCUUCCUCCAGCAGCUCACCAGAAUAUAACUGGAUAACUUGCCUGCUGCCAGUACCUCCAGGCCUCUAGAGGUUGUGGCACCACAGCCUGCACAGCCCCUCAAAUCCCCAACAAGAACAAGAACACAACAGGAUAGUGGGAGUGAUGGCUUCAAGACACACUGCCACUGUACAGGGCAGCUGUUACUCUUGUACAUCAUGUGCUGCUUACAAGACUGUGCCUAAAAAUCUGAGAGGAAAAAGUAAAAGCUCACAGGACUGGUUGACGAGACAGCUAAAUGACCCUUAUGUGAAGUUGACCAAGCAACAUCAGCGCAGGCAUUGUCCAUGAUGCUUCCUGUGUUGUGGUUCCAUCAUGGCAGGCAUGGAAGUGCCUCUCACUGCAUCACCGCCUCAUGAUCAUUGAGAGCAUGGACACAGACACUGAGGCCCUAGUGGGUACGUGGACCUCCUCAAUGGACAGAUGGACAGAGGCUGGUGUGCUGGCUACAUGUAUCAGGAGCAAAUCUCAACCUUCUUCUCCGUUGUGGCAACAGGGAUGACAUAUGAGAUGGCCAUGACCAGCACACCCCUUCAGGAGCUGCAUCUCUAACCUAACCUCACCACACUGACCCUCCACUCACAUCACAUCUUCAGGUGCUGCGUCUGCACCUGCCACACAGUCCAUCCUCUGAGGCCGUUGUCUUGCUCAUCUUCCCAAAGCCUCAGCGUUAUGACACCUAUGUGGAUGGUGUCUUUGUUCCCCCAGCCAACCUCAACACCUCUGCAGCC